UUAACUUUAAAGUCAUUUUUUGCAUUCAUCGACCGAUUUUGAAUCAAUAAUGACACUUGUGAUAGUCAAACACUUGCAAAUAAAGUGUUAAAUAAGCGAAGAUUUUUGUCUUCAAUUCUCUUUCGCCGUAAAAAAAGAGAAAAAAAAAUUAUCGUGAGCGAGUGAUAUGGAUGAAGAUGGAGAAGCAAUUGUCGAUGAGGACCCCGCAAAUCGUUCAAUACCGAAAAAACGCUCGAUAUUGGGUAUUUUUGGAAAACGCUUGUCACGUGUCGAACCCGAUCCGAAGAGCUUAGAGCCUGAAGGAUGUCAUUCGGAGGGCGAAUUGACGCCCGUUGUGAUGCGACGCUCGAAAAACAACAACAACAACAAUACUCACAUGCCUUUAAUGAUACCGGAGAAAUCCAAAGCCGUAAAUCGCCUUGCAAGUAAUUUUACCUUUUGUUGCUCAUCUGCACCCGCUAAUGCCUUUUCGCCCAUGGAAUGCAACGAUAUUCCGAUUGUGAAGCCAAACAUUCGCCCCCGUUCGCAUCUCAAACUGGAAUUGGAAACGUUGAAUUCGAUGAAUUCACGGAAAAGAUGGUCUGCUGAAGUUCCUCGGGGAUGUUUCAAGAAUUUGCUGUUGGAAUUGGAAAACGGAAAAUUGAAUGAAUUACAGCAAAUUAGCUCACAAAAGUCAAUAACGGAAUCAAAAUCUCGCUUUAGAAAUAGAUAUUUACCACCGAAUGCGACGACGACGACGCAUCAUGACGAGCUUAAUCCCAAACAAGACAUUAGUUAUAAGAAUUUAUCGACGCCUGAUCUCUGCAACUUACCAAUUGACGAAGCAACUGCUGAAGAAAGUAGAAAAAGUAGAAGAUCUGCUUCAUUAGAAGUCUUACCGUAUGGCGUUGAAACAUUUAGACAAGAACAUCCCGUUACUGCUGAUUCGUUAGCACGUCAUGCUUUGAUGGCAGCAAGCGUUGUUCAACUAAUUCCCACGGAAAAAGCGAAGCAACGCAACUUUUUUCAAGGACAACUCGGAGCAAAUCCUCUUCUCGGGCCUUCUGAAUUAGAUCGUUUCUUGCCGGAUCGCACGAUAAAAGUUUUUGUCGGUACAUGGAACAUGAAUGGACAAAAUCCGCCAUCGCAACUCAAUGACUUUGUGUUUCCGAAUCAAAUGGAGCACGUUCCAGAUCUGAUUGUUCUCGGUACGCAAGAAUCUACGUCGGAGCGUUAUGAAUGGGAAGUGCUUUUACAAGAAACGUUGGGUCCUUCGCACGUUCUUUUUCACUCAGCAUCGCUUGGGACACUGCAACUCGCUGUUUUUCUUCGACGCGAUCUCAUUUGGUUUUGUUCCUUGCCCGAAGACGAUUCCUUUUCCGUUCGACCUGGCACGGCGUUUCGUACAAAAGGCGCUGUUGCGAUUUGUUUUUGCAUCUUUGGGACGUCAUUUUUGUUCAUAACUUCGCAUCUCACGGCACAUCAGCAAAAAGUCAAGGAACGUGUGCAAGAUGUCAAAAAAAUCAUUCAUGCCUUGGAUUUACCCAAAAAUAUGAAUAUUCGACACAAAAGCAAAGAUGUCACAACAAAUUUCGAUUGCGUGUUCUUUUGCGGCGAUUUGAACUUCCGUUUGAGUGAACCACGUCUCAAUUUGUUAAAAUGGAUUGAAAACACGCAAUUUCCGUUGCCCGAACAUCUGCCUCACGGAUAUCUCCAUACGGAUCAACUCACACAAGCAUUAUCCGCCGGAGCUGCUUUCAAAGGUUUCAAAGAAGCAAAAAUUACAUUUCCGCCAACGUACAAGUACGAUCCAGGCACUCAGCAAUUCGAUACGUCAAGCAAACAACGUGCUCCCGCUUAUACCGAUCGCAUUUUAUACAAAUUCCGUGCUCCGAGUGUCUUGAGACGCCCAAGCACAAAUCCAAGCAUAUCUUGUGAACCCAUCGAGUGUCUCGCUUACGAUUCCGUUAAUAGCAUAGUUUCGUCGGAUCAUAAGCCAGUUUGGGCUCUUUUCAAAUGUCAAGUUAGACCGGGAAUUGAUUCAGUUCCUCUCGCUGCUGGUCUCUUCAAUCGAGAAGUUUAUUUGGAAGGAAUGCGAAGACGUCUUAAUAAUUCCAACACUGGCUCAUCAACCGUUUGCUCUAUUCAGUAAAAAAAUGAAAUUCAUAGAAAUUUAAUGAAUUUAGAGAACAUUUAACCAAAGAUUUUAAUUUAUUUAUUUAUUGAAAUUGUGAUUUGUUUUAAUUUAUUUUUAUUUUUUUGUGAUGUAAUAAAAAAUUACCUCAAAUUGCUCCAA